CUCUGAGAUGGAUCGAUAAAAAUAUAUAAAAUUGGAGGCUUUGUUGUUUUAUCCAACUUUUUGAUAUUUUUUAAAACAAAUCUGUCUUGUCUUGUCAGCUCCUCUUUUCUUUUCUUUUCUUUUCACUUCUGUGUCUCUCUCACUUUCUGAAAUGUCAACCCCCGUCGAUUCUACCACUGCUGCUGCUCCUGCUGAUGAUGUUAAACUUUACAAGGAUGAGGUUACUGGCGAGAUGAUCUCCAAGACAGAAUUAAAGAAGCGUAUCAAGAGCAGAGAGAAGGAGGCUAAAAAGGCAGAGAAGGCCGCCAAUGCCCCUGCCCCUGCAACCUUAGAAAAGGCCGAUGCCAAGAAGACUCUUUCAGCUGCUGAAGAAGAAGAGAACCUCAACCCUAACCAAUACUUUGAGAUCCGUUCCAAGAGAGUCGGCGCUCUUCGUGCCAAUAAGGAGACCUAUCCCUAUCCUCACAAGUUCCACGUCUCGACUUCAUUGCCUGCAUUCAUUGAGAAGUAUAACGGACUCAAGGCUGGAGAGGUUGUAGAUGAAGUCAUCACCGUGGCUGGACGUCUUCACAACAUGCGCACCAUGGGCAAGCUUCGCUUCUAUGAUCUUCAUGGAGAUGGUGUCAAGAUUCAGAUCACUGCUCAGGCCCAGGACUCUGAGCGUGACUUUAAUGAGGUCCAUGACAACCUUCGACGUGGCGAUAUCGUCGGUGUUCGUGGUGUUGCUGGUCGUACCAAGCCUAAGAAGGGAGGCGAUGGUGAAUUAUCCAUCUUCCCCCGCGACAUUGUCUUGCUUUCACCCUGUCUCCGAAUGUUGCCCACUACCCAUUUCGGAUUCAAGGACCAGGAGUCACGUUACAGACAGCGCUAUCUCGACUUGAUCAUGAACAACCACGUCCGCGACAUUUUCAAGACUCGCGCCAAGAUCAUCAACUAUCUUCGCAAGUUUUUAGACGAUCAGGAUUUCUUGGAGGUCGAGACCCCAAUGAUGAAUAUGAUUGCUGGAGGCGCUACCGCUAAACCAUUUGUGACCCAUCAUAAUGACCUCAACAUGGAUUUACAUAUGCGUAUUGCUCCCGAAUUGUAUUUGAAAAUGUUGGUCGUUGGAGGUUUGGACCGUGUUUAUGAGAUUGGUCGCCAAUUCAGGAACGAAUCUAUGGAUUUGACUCACAACCCCGAGUUCACCACUGCAGAGUUCUAUAUGGCUUACGCUGAUAUGUUUGACGUGAUGGAGAUGACUGAGGUUCUUCUAGCUGGCAUGGUCAAGUGCAUUACUGGAGGCACCAAGAUCACUUAUCACCCACAAGGCAAGGAUGGCCCAGCUUUGGAGAUUGACUUUACACCCCCCUUCCGCCGUAUCAACAUGAUUGAGUAUUUGGAGGAGAAGCUCAAGGUCAAGUUCCCCCCUGCUGAUACUUUGCAUACAACAGAAGCGACAAAGUUUUUAGACGAUCUCUGCAUCAAGCACGAGGUCGAGUGUGGUGCUCCUCGUACCAGUGCCCGUCUUUUGGACAAGCUCGUCGGAGACUUUAUUGAGGUCGAAUGUAUCAAUCCAACGUUCAUCAUGGGUCAUCCCCAAAUGAUGUCACCUCUUGCCAAGGGCCAUCGCUCCGUCCCUGGUCUCUGCGAGCGUUUUGAGUGCUUUGUCGCUACCAAAGAGAUUUGCAAUGCCUACACCGAGUUGAACGACCCCUUUGACCAGCGCGAGCGUUUCGAACAACAAGCCAAGGAUAAGGCUGCUGGAGACGAUGAAGCCCAGCUGAUUGAUGAGAAUUUCUGUCAAUCACUAGAGUUUGGACUUCCUCCCACAGGAGGCUGGGGAAUGGGUAUUGAUCGUCUGACCAUGUUCUUGACAGAUUCGCACCGUAUCCAAGAGGUCUUAGCCUUCCCUCACAUGCGCCCUGUUUAAAUCACUUUUCUUUAUCCUUUCUUUAUCUUUUUCACUCGUCAAUAAACAUUCAGGUACAUGAAUAGUUUGCCUUGCAAUUUCCAUCCAAUCUUUUACUUUUAGAAUAAAUAAUGUGUUUGGUGUUGUCUCAGCG